CCUCUUCCGGUGCAUGCUCAGUGUUGUUUAUACCGAAGAGCCGGAUAAGUCGAACGUAAGAAAGUUAAAGGUUAUCAAACCUUAUCGUUAGAUAUUCUUUCUAGUUUAUAAAUAUUUUAAUAUAAAAUAUACACCGGCCGAUAAUAAAUAAUAGUGUCGGCGUCGACGAUUUUGAAUAGAAUUUAAACGCCGCCUAAACCACCUUUAACGUUAUAAAAGGGGGCGUAGCGAAGAUUAUUAAAACGUCACGAAAAGGUGAUUGGUUGGAGGUUGCUAUGGAAGUUUCCAUUCAUCGCUGUAUCCAUAAGAAGAUUUAGGCACAAGAGACAAGCUUGUCAUACGUAUCCUGUCGUUGAUUCUCUCGAAAAUGAACGAAGAAUCUUCAAUAACCCGCAAUAUUAAACUUACAACAUGGGAUAUUGUGGUGGUCGUUAUAUAUUUUCUAUUGGUAUUAGCCACUGGAUUUUACUCUAUGUGCAGAGCUAACCGGGCUACGGUCAGUGGCUACUUCUUAGCUGGAAGAUUUAUGUUUUGGCUUCCGGUUGGAGCUUCGCUAUUUGCUAGUAAUAUUGGAAGUGAACAUUUUAUUGGUUUAGCUGGUUCUGGGGCAGCUGCUGGAAUUGGAGUUGGGGCAUUUGAAGUAAAUGCCUUAAUUAUACUGCAAUUGGCAGGAUGGAUAUUUUUACCCGUUUUCAUUGCGAGUAGGGUAUGUUUUUUAAUCUUUUUUGUUACAAACAUAAUGAAAGAUGUGUAUAUGAAUACUAAAGUUGUGUUAUAAGUUUUUUGAAAAAACUCAAAAAUGAUUACAUAAGUAUUAUAAAUUAUGAACUUUUGGAUAUGUAUUAUAUUGAUAUGUAUUUAUUGAAUAUGAUUACACUUUAUAAAUGUUUACACUGUUUUUAAAUAUGCAAGUUCAGUUUCAUUUCUGAAAUAUUCCAUUAUUUUAAACUUCAAUUACAAACUAAAAAUCUCAUUCUUUAAUUUGUUUGCUUUACGAUAAUUUAUUUUUAAAAAACGAUAGAUUAGAUUACAUUAUACGUUUCUUUUGAAGUCCCUAACAAAAUAGAUGAAAAAAUCGUAAAAGUCGAUGGAUACCGAAAAAAAAAUAUGCAUUUACCUCUGCUUAUUUCUAUAUAUUUUUUUCGGUCGUAUUUUAUAGAAAUUGCAUUUUGAAUUAUUAAUCACUAUUAAAGUAUUUUAAUUCUUUUGUUAGCCAUUACAGAGAAUCUAUCGUCUUUGUUUUUAGGAACUUUACACUUUUUUCUUAAGGGUACUUGCGUUAAUGGUUUUCAAACCUGUCUAUAUAUAUUAAUAUUAUAUAAUGCAUAUCGGUUUAUUUAUUAAGCUCUUUUUAAUAAUUUUAAAAUUUUUCGGUUAUAAAGUUGAUUUAUUUAAAACAAA